AGGCGCGCCCACCCAGUCCGCUACCAUUGGUCGCUGACGGCACCGUCACAGCACCCACAGUGCUUUGCUGCUCUCCCCGACAUUGAUCAUGGCGUCGAAGGCACCAGUGGCAGGUGGCAGACUUUUGCUGGGCUUCAGGAAGUGGUACUACAAUGCGUGCGGUUUCAACAAGCUUGGCCUAAUGCGAGAUGACACUAUCUAUGAGGACCAUGAUGUGAAGGAGGCUAUCCAUCGCCUUCCAGAGCGAGUGUACAAUGACCGCAUGUUCCGCAUCAAGAGGGCACUUGACCUGUCCAUGAAGCAACAGAUUCUUCCCAAAAAUCAGUGGACAAAAUUUGAGGAGGAUGUGCAUUACCUUGAUCCCUACUUGAAAGAAGUUAUCCGUGAAAGAAAAGAGAGGGAAGAGUGGCAGAAGAAAUAAGAUGCACAGGAGGAGGUGAAAGCCCUUGCUCUUUGGUGUGUUGUCCACUUCCUUGUAUUUAAGAUGAUGUUUAUCAAUUGUGAAGUCCCUGUACUUAAUAAAUUCCUUUCUGACAAGUUU